AUGCUCAUGAAAAGAAGCAGAGAGUACGCCGGCGUCGAGGCAGAGGCCAUGGCGAACUGCCUCAUGCUUCUGGCGCACGUUGGCCGGAAUUCUUCUUCUUCUUCUCCGUCGUUGGUGUCGAAGGAUCUCUGUUCUUUCCAGUGUAAGACGUGCGACAAGAAGUUCCCGUCGUUCCAGGCGUUGGGUGGCCACCGGGCGAGCCACAAGAAGCCGAAGUUGGUGGCUCCGGCGGCCGGAGAGCAAGCGAGUUCGCCGGAGAAGCCCAAGAUGCACCGCUGCUCCAUAUGCGGGCUUGAGUUUGCCAUGGGGCAGGCGUUGGGUGGGCACAUGAGGAGAUACCGGGCGGCCAUGAUGAAGGAAGGGUUUGAGAAGCCGCCAGCGAUUGCGAUGGCGAUGGCAGUUCCGGUUUUGAAGAGGACGACUAGUAGCAAGAGAAUUUUUGGAUUUGGAUUAAAUUUGGAUCUCAACUUGACGCCGGCGGAGAAUGUUAAUUUGAAGAUAGAGUCUACGACGCCGACGCCGACGCCGGCAACUCCCGUCUUACGUUGCUUCAUUUGA